ACAAACUUUCGCUGAAACUUCAUGUAAAUCUUUAACGUAUAUCUUUAAGAAAACGAAGACUUCACAAUAUAUUAAUCAAUCUCUUCAAUUAUUUUUGGAACACUCAAAAUUUUGAUGAAAGAGCUUAAAGAUCACGUUGUAGUGAUGGCCUAUGGACCAUCGGAGGGUUCAGUAACGGCGUCGCCUGUCUCUCAACAGACGCCGUCUUUGUUUGCAUACUCUAUAACGCCUUCAACAUCAAGAUUCAGCUCACGGCGAGCAUCGGUUCAUGUCAUCGGUUUGGUUCUCCGGUUUUUAACUUUGGUUCUAUGUUUUGUCUCUGCUCUUUCGUUAGCAGUGAAUGUUCAUAGGCCUUCGAGGAGAUAUCUGACACAGAACUCCUCGAGUUUUGCUUCAUAUCCUGAACUAUUGUAUUGUUUUGUUGUAGCAGUGAUAGGAUUCGUGUAUACAUGUUUGCAAACAUUCAAAGGAGUUUGUGAUAUUACUCACAGAGGAAUUUUAAUCUCUGAGCCUCUUUCGGAUUAUAUCAGCUUCAUAUUUGACCAGGCUAUAUGUUACCUACUAGUAUCAUCUUCUUCGGUGGCAAUUGCGUGGAUCCAACAUAUAAACGAGGAUGCGAUAAACACACUAAGAAAUAAUUCCAUAAUUUCAGUUUCAAUGUCAUUCUCUGCUUUCUUUGUUUUGACACUCUCUAGCCUCUUGUCAGGUUAUAAGCUUUGCAAGAGAUUUAUGUGGUAAUUAAAUCUUGUAAAGGGUUUUUAUAUUCAUGUCAUGUUUAAUCCGUAAAGUAAUGUAAAUUUAUGUGGAUUUAUUUGUUUGUUGGAAUGUAAAUUUAUUCAACAAAAUUUAUUUGUUUUACAGGAAACGUUUUUAGAAUUUUGAAAGAAU